GGUCGAAAUGCGCUUCUCUGUAGCUAAUUCUCUCGCCUGGUUUUGCCUUGCCCAAAUCAGCAUUUCUACAAGAGUGUCCCCGCGCUCUCCAAGCACUGAGACACACCCUUCUCCUGGAACAGUAAUCUCAUUCCCUAACUCUUCAGCUUUCCAUGAUGCCACGGAGAGAUGGACCGUCUACAAACCCCCCUCCUACUCGGCGGCGAUCUCGCCCACAACAGAGGAAGAUGUUGUAAACGCGGUCAAACUAGCAAAGAGAUUCAAUACGCCAUUCCUGGCGACAGGAGGUCGUCACGGGUAUUCUACAACUUUAGCGAAGAUGCAAGGUGGAAUUGCUAUCGAUCUCAGCAAAAUGAACUCCGUUAAAAUCGACAGGUCCGCCAAGACCCUCACUGUUGGACCCGGUGUGCGUUUCAGGGAUAUCUUCGACCUUGUGUUCGAGGCUGGCUUCCAGAUACAAACCGGGGCUUGUAGCUGUGUUGGUAUGCUGGGGGCAACUCUCGGUGGGGGAAUCGGGCGUCUCCACGGCUUAGACGGCAUGAUAAUUGACGCUCUUCAAUCAGUACGCCUUGUGACGGCUAAUGCUGAAAUCGUCGAGGCCUCGGAACAUUCUAACCCUGAGCUAUUCUGGGGAAUCCGGGGUGCCGGUUUCAAUUUCGGGAUCGUCGUAUCGGCUACCUACCGGCUUCACCCCUUAUAUAAUAGGGGAAUCUGGACGAAUGCAGAUCUCUUAUUCCCACCAGAAAAGAAUGUUACUUACUUUGAUGCUGUCGCGAAGAUGCUCCCACUUCCACCUCAGCUGGCUGUGGCGACUUCCAUGGGAUACAACAUCACCCUCAACAAGCCUCAACUUUCGGCCAACUUAAUGUACGCAGGACCGAGGAAUGAAGCAAUCAAGGCCAUGGACCCUCUUCUCAAGCUUGGACCCUCUUACUCCAAUAUCAAAGAAAUAACCUGGAACAAGGUAAGCAAAGAGUCAAACUUCCUUCUCGACGCCCCAAACUGCGAGGACGGACAGAUAUUGGAUUCAUGGAGUGUCAACCUCCGCAAUGUGUCUGCCCCCGCGCUCGUGUCCAGUUUCAAUGAUAUGGCAUCUUUCUUCCAAAAGCAUCCGAGCGCGCGCGCCUCGGGAAUAAUACUUGAAACGUGGCCCAUAGAAGCCACAGUGGCUACGCCGGACAACGCGACCGCAUUUCCAUGGAGAGAGACCGCGACCUAUGUCAUGAUCCAGAUGAAAUGGGAUAAUUCCAGUGAUCCAGUAAAAGGGCCUGCCAACGAUUUCGCGCGCACAACCCGAAGCAACCUCGCCGCCAACUCCGGGUUUGGCGGCUUGGCCGUCUACGUCAACUACGCGUACGGGGACGAGACGCCUCAGGAAUUAUACGGCGAAUCGAAGCUGCCCCGACUAGUCGAGCUGAAGAAGAAGUAUGACCCGACCAACGCUUUUCGUUUUUACAACGCGUUACCCACGACCUGGCCCCUCCCUACGUAG